AAAGGGAAAUUUGAAUUACAUGUUUUUAAUUAAAAACAUUAAACAGUCGGUAGAUAGGUUGUUCGAUAUCGAAAACUGUUUCAUCAUUUUAAUCAAAAAUGUGUAAUUUCAAUGGAAUGUACAGCGGCUAUCAUACGUGCUAUAGAUAUACAUGCUGCCCGGUGAAUAUGCAAGGCCAGGGAUCAUCAUUCUGUCCGGUUCUUAACGAAAAUCCAGCCACAUAUCGGACAAUUCAAUUUCCUUAUUCCACAAAUUAUCAGCCCAAGUCAUUGAAGAACAAACUCAAUGCGAAGGCUCAGAACAACGCAUCGAAUGAAAAAAGUGCCAAGUCAGGACAUCUUAAGGAAAAUAACGAAGGGAUAACAGUAGCCACAACAACAGGUGCAACUCAAACAUUUUUGGCUCCGCAGAAAGCGACUAUGGAGAACACCUCAAAUACUUCGAUACACACAAGGAAAUGUAGUGCUGCAUCGAGAAGAAAUACAAGAAAUUUACCAUCCAAUAGUCCAAGGAUCUCUUCGCAAACGGAUAAGUCACGCAAGAGCUCUACUCCAUCAAAUUCUGCCAGAAGCAGUGAUCCAAAGCUGAAGAAAACGAAUGUCUCUUCAGCUACUGAGAAGGAAAAGGCGAAGGAGGAUGGAUCGGCAUCCAGGGCUUCUGUUGGGGACACUCAUUCACUCACUCAAUCGUCUGUUUCACGUAGAAGCGUUACUUUGGAUACUCGUCCGCAAUUAAAGUUAAGUAAGGAACCGAUUAAAAAGGCACCAAGUGAAUCUCAGCAAUCCGAAAACUCUUCAUUAUCGCUUAAGAACAGUCAAUCUAAGGCGCGAAGGAAACAGGAUGCCUGUUCAUUAUGUGGAACUUGCAAAUAUCAAACCCAAUCUGAUAAACAAAUGUCAAACAAAAGUUCACAUGUAACAGAAAUCGUAGAAAACGUCGAGCCAUAUCUCCUAUUGAGUGAAUCUUCUGUAAAAAAGGAAAACAAGCGAAGUCAAACCGUGAGCCCGAAACCAACUUCAACUGAAUUUGACUUUGUGCCCGCCAAACGAACAAUCCAGCAGUAUCCUUUUUCAAACAUCUCUAGGGAUAAAAAUGAUAAGGACACUUCAAUCAGCAGCAGCAGUAAAGGCUUAAAACAAUUUCUUGCAAUUAAAUCUGGCUAUCGACGGCCUUACCCUACAAAAGAGGUAAGAGACAUUGGGAAGAAGAAUCCUAAUGCUGAUCACGAUGGCAGAUGUUCCAGUAUAUGUUCCUGUUAUCAAUCUACUCGCACUCUUUAUCGUGCAAGACCAGAGCUACAGGAGAAAUCACGGAGCCCAUAUAGAAAAACUAGCACUGAUCCCGCCAAGGAUGAGCAAAAGUCCCUGGUUAAAGUCAAACCCAAAGCGAUUAGGCGUAAGAGAUUUUCCAUACGCAGGGCACCAGCAAGAGAGGAAAACGAAAAGCCUUUGGGCAUGCGAGAAGGAGGAGUAUCAAAUGAUAAUAUUUGGUUCGAAUGCAACAUGCCCAUUCGUGUGAAUAUACCCACAUCUAUUUGUAUGCAAAACUUAUUUGGAUUCUCUCCAUUCCCCUCUCCUGUGAAUACCAUGGCCAACAGUCUAGUUAAAGCAACUGGUCCAAUGAAUUCACCCAAAUUAUGCAUCUCUCUGGGUCCAUCAAGUAUUCCUUCCCAAUUGCCACAGAUUCAAGAGAGCCAGGUAGUAAAGCCUGUGAUAGGUAAAGGGAAGGCGAACAAAAAGCGCAAGAAAUUCUCGCCCUCAAAUAGUUAUGCCUUUCCUUGUGAGAUGUCCACACAGACCACACCCACUUCGGAUAUAACUCCCACACCCAACUCUUUGCCAGUAUCGGAACCUGCUCCCCCUGACUUAAGCAGUGUGAUUUUUUCUCAGUGUAAACUAUUGCAAAAUUGCGUUGAGCUGAUAACUAAACAAUUGGCCAUAUCUGAGGAGAAGCGACAGUUGGAUGAAAUAUCACACAAGAAGAAUGUGAAAUCUCAACCCAAGCGACUUUGCCGGAAAGCAGAUAAAGUAAUGGAGGAGGAGGAGGAGGAGGAAAAGGUAGACUGUGAAGGACAAUGUCUGUCUACCGAUGAGGACAGUUGUUUGGAUCAUGUUAAAGACGAAAGAGCUAAUCAGCCUCCAUCCAAAUUUCUAUCAUGCCGUUCCAAUUUUAAAUGUAUUCACCGGAGGGAUACUUCUAAAAUGAACAAGCAGCGUGUCUCCAUAAGUGCUCACAAUUCGGGCAAUAGUUUAAGCUUGGCUAAUUCUGUUCCUAAAAAUAGUUUAUUAAGUGGUUUGUCCGACAAAAUGCUGCCGGCCCAUCAACAGAAUCUAUAUGCCGUUUGUCCAAAUCAUUACAAAAUCAAGGAAAUGCCCGAAACGCUGGUGCCACGUAACAGCGUGGCUAGUAGCUUCAAAAGAGAUAAAUUUAAUUCAAUAUCACAAACAACCCCAGUUGAUCAAUUCCAUUCUGAUGCUGAGAGUCAACGAUGUGCGUCUUGUCCUCCCAGUAAGAGGACAAUUCCUGCUCUAUCCAUGGCUUAUCCGGAUAUGCAAGAAAAUUGGAGAACAGCAAGCUAUUCUCAAUCCAACUACACUCGGCAAGAACCUCGAAAUCAUCAGCAGUUUCAAAGAGAGGAAUGGGAUGAGAAUUGUCGCAAAUGCUGUUCAAGAAGAGAUUCCAUGUUUAACAACUCUCAGUCUAUUAUUAAACGCGAAGUCUUAAGAUCCACUAAAGACUCAACAUUGGAAUGGAUUGAACCUAGCAUAGAAUCAGAGCAGCAAAUGUUUCAAAAUGAAGAUCAAACAAAUAUGGUUAGAUCGCCAAGACCAAGUAAUACCAAUAAUAGAGUAAAUGUUAUCCCAAAUAAGCUAUAUAAGUCUGGUGAAAUAUCAAAUAAAAACAUGAAAACUAUAGAAUUGACUGCCCACCGAAAUGAUCGAACAAAGAAACCGGGACCCUCAGAAACUGAAGACUUUUCAGAACCAUCAGUUACCCCAAAUCCUUAUUUGGCACCUAAACGAAAAUCCAGCGAACAAUCUGAAAACAAAUCAAGAGCGAGUAGUUUAAGAAGUAGUCAGCGACAAAGUUUUAAGAAGUUUUUGCAACUGCCACUGGAAAUUUCUUCACCGGAAGAACUUUUAGAUAGUACUUCGGUGUCUAAUCAACCAACGUCGAAUAAUAACCCUCGAAAUAAUGCACAUCAAAUGCUUGUGAGACCUUCAGCUGAGAAUGAUCCAAAAGAAAAAGACUUUCGAUACUUUAGAAGACAAUAUAAUAGGCUUGGAACCGAACAAAGCAAUGAAAACUAUUGUUGGGCAAACGGGGGCGAAGAGGAAAGACAACAUGGCUCGACUGAGAGCACAAGUGAAGGCACACAUGACGAGGAGAGCUUCAAUGUCAAUAUAGGCUAUUUGGGACCGUCUCAGGAUUUUGCCCUCUGCGACUAUGCGAAUUCUAGGAAGCAUCAGCUUAAUCUAAAAUUGUUAAAACAAAUAAUUAACGAAAGCUCUAUAGAACGUAGGAUACAUCCUGAUUGCAUUUCUGUAGAACCGAAAGGACCGACCAUCAAGAAACGUGCUCCAAACAAAGCAAUUCCUUUCAGGGAUACCAAGGUCCCAGCAAAACAAAUGGACAAGAAGUCUGCCAUGCCAACGAAGUCUAAAAGUAUUGCUCCCAGUCCCAUUAAUAAAAACAAACUUCGUCCAGGAUUGCGUUCACAAUCGGCGCCACCAAGUGGUAAGCGAAAAAAAGAGGCAUGUCAAUGUAUAAACAAAAUAUCCAACGAGUUGGGCUUGAAUCCAUUUAUAACGCGUCGGACCAGAUCGGACAUUAUAUUACCAUGUCCUCCCUCACAUGGGAAAUUGAAGAAUAAGGCGAUCUUAACGCCAAAGAGAUUGCAACAUUUGCGCUGUGCACCAGCCAGUCCCAGUAGUGCUGUAAAGACUCUAGUGCCGCAGUCUGAGGACGAUUGUGAGUGCAAUUGCCAUUGCGAUUUCGAUUGUAAUAUCGAUUGUGUGGAACCCACAAGGGAUAGCGUGCUAGAGCAAUACGAAUUGGCGGGCUAUCAGCGUUGUUUGCCCACCUAUCCUCCACAAAAGGGAGGCACCGAAAUGCCGGAUGUCAGUUCAGACAGUGUCUCUUCGGAUAUCUUGGCCAACUCUCAAUCAGAUGAAUGGAGUGAGAUACCUAGAGAAACAUCCAGCGAUGCAGCAAUUGGUGGCACUAUUCCGUCCCAGUCGCCCUGUCCUGGAUUGAAUCAAGCAAACAAGAUUCAGGGCAAAGAAGUUCACCACCCGCCAACGCCUCGUAGUCAGGUAGUCAGUCCUCGUUCAAAGACCAAAUGUAAGUCAGAGGUCAACAAAGGGAAAAAUAUGCAACAAUUGUACCGGGACAUGGUCACGAACAAGCAAACAGUAAUGCUAAUGCAUCCGAGACGUUUGCGUAGCGCAGGUAGUGUACAAUCUGCUCCAACGACGAUGAUGCAACGAGUAGUGCCCAAUCGACAGCAGGAUCAGAGAUCUCAGAGAUUGCCGACAAUGGCCCAGCAAUCAUCAAAUUCCGCCUAUUCUUCAACUUCGUCAACGAUUUCGCGACAAAGGAGUGGAAUGGCUCGACAUGAUUUUCCAGAGACAACAUGCACAGUGACACGACCAGCACCACAGAAUUUUACACAACCUCAGUAUACUGAGGGCAAUCAACAACAACAAAUGCUGAAACAACAGCAACAACUAUGGGAACAACAGCAACUCAUUAAGCAUCAGCGGCACAUAAUAGAACAAUACCAACGACCAGUCCCUGGACAAACAUAUCCAGCAGGAUACCCAGCAGGAUAUCCACAGCAGAACAACAACAACAAUAUAGAUUAUAUAAGAGAGUGCACGGAUUGCAAUUGUUGGGUGGAUCCACGAUCAUCCAUGGGACACUUUCAAUCUGAGCAAUCCUUGCCUCAAGAUUAUCAACCGUACAGAAGUGUAUCCCAUCAAUAUCCAGUUCCGAUCAAGUCCGAUCAGUUGGACACAAGGAUGCAAAUGAUAACACCAUCAUUCUAUCAAGAAACCAUGGCCAAAUACGGCAUCGAACAUAUAGAUUCAAAUUUUCAACCACCUCACUUGUCUAUCGAAUGCUUUGCUCAACAAUUCCAACGGCCACAACUGCAAGGGGCUACAACAUCGGUUCCUUGCCUGAUUCCUGGCCAUCCAUUCGUUACAGUGGGUCAAUCGCAACAACCUCAAUCUCAAUUGCGGGCUUAUAGUGCCCCCCAAUGCCCUCAACCAAUGUACAAGCAUUUCAAUAAUACUUACACUGAAUCAAGCACCAUUUAGUAUAAAUAUAUUUCAGAGGCCUCCAAACAAAUAAAUUAAACUAGUAAUGUAAUGGAAUGAUAUUGA